AUGCCAGGCGUACCAACAGGCCGUGCCUGCGAUGCCUGCCGCAAACAGAAGAAAAAGUGUGAUGAAAAGCAACCCUCCUGUGCCCGCUGUCUACGUCUAAAGAUCCCCUGCGUGGGAUCGGGCCAAGUUCGAUUUAAAUUCCAGGAAGAAAAGCAGUACUCUACGCGCGUGAGAAAACAGCACGCGCUCUCCAGCGGAGAUUCCUCCGGAACUCUAUCUGAUACUUCCUCCGAGUCUCCAUCCCAAUCCAAGUCUCCACCUCAAACAGCAUUCGCACCCAGAUCCUACCCCCCAGAGUCCCCGCAGUCACUCCCUAGUAGCGAUAUCUCCUCCUUGGCCGGUGGUUUCAUCGCGACGAUUAAGCGAACUACAGACCUACGCUAUAAUCUUUGGUGGUCGUUCGGCUUAUGGCUUGAAGAUAUACCCAAACGGCUUGGGACUAAUGAGGCACUUGACCGUGCGGUGGAUACGUUGACAACCGCGCACUCUAAUUUCUCAUGCAACCGGGCGCCCUCGGUGGAGGCGCUUGCCAAACACGCACGUGCUCUCCGCACGCUAAGCGUGUACCUGGAUGACAAGGUCCAUGCCCAAUCGGCCAGUACACUUUCUGCUGUGAUGAUCCUCUUGACGUGUCAGUUAUUCUUGGGCCCUUCGAAUCGAAAGUUCUCGGGCCAUGCCGAGGGUGCGGCGGCUAUUCUCAAAGCACGGAAGGACUUUGGACCUCGUGAUGAAUUUGAAGCGAAGUUAUUUCUAUCCAUGCGUGGCAGUGUGCUAUUCGAAGGAAUCUUCAACGACAGAAUAAACCUAACCUCAGAAGAAUGGGACAACCUAGUCCGAAACGACUACGACAGCACAACACCAGACGGCAAAAUCCUCCUCAACCUCUCAAAAGCACCCCACCUAAUGCGUCGCGGCCGCGAAGCACUCCGCACAGGCACCGACACGACCUCAAUCCGCAACCAAGUCUGGACAAUAUACCAAGACUGCAAAGUAAACCUGAGCAUACUAAAGCACCGCUCCGUCGAAAAUGACUUCUCAGAACUCUUUAAAACAGCAAGUCCCGCCGGCCGGAAAUUUAUCCUCGAAUUCGGCUUUGCGCAUUAUCAGCGCACGUAUGGGAUUGGUCUGGCUUGUACGCUUGUUUUUAAUUGUAUACUUUCUGCGCUCGAUGCGCAUGGACAUAGACAAGGGCAAGGGCUUGAUGACGUCAGUGCCAGUGUCACCGAGUUUGACGCUACUUAUCUCUCGGAGGAGGUGCUGGAUUUGGCGAAACGGUCAGUCAUUUGGAAGCCGAUUGGGGCGGCUUAUAUUGUUAUUUGCGUGAAUGCUGCUUGGGCAGCGACGUCUGAUCCGCUCUUGAAGGCGAAGUUGUUUUCCGUUGCGAUUGAUUUUAAUAAUGAUUUUCAUUUGAGAGAUGCGCGGGUUUUUGAGAGGGAGAUGUUGCACACGACUGAGCAUUUGCGUCUUGGGACGUCGUUUCAGAAG